CAAUGGCUAGUUUUGGAAAACGGAUAAGGAUAGGAGUUUUAUUGCUUUGGGAUCUGGGAUGACAAUAAGUGCAAUAAGCAAAGGAAUAUUCAGAUUUGGGUUUGUUUAUUUUGAAAGGUGCUUUCCCAUGCAUUUGUCUUGCAUAAUAGGCAAGUGCAGUGAGUAAUGGGUUGGACUGAGAUAGCAAUACAGUGUUUUCUUUUAUUUGUGGUCUUGAAACUGGCACACACUGAUGAAGGAUGGCAGGAGCCCGAGUUGACAGUCCCUUCACAAUCCGAAGAUGCUGAGUCAGCAGAUUCAGAAAGUCCCGCCUUCCAGGCACCUGAGACACCCACCUUACGUCAGGUGCUGGAGGGCAUGAAGCCGCCGUCCCUGACAGACGACGAGUCGGCCGCCGGCUCAGUGUGGCUGCACAGUAAGGCCGGCCCGGACAUGGCCGACCUGGCCGAGGGGGAGCAGCCGCCGGCCGCCGACUCGGAGCCGCCAGAGCAGCCGGACGACACCGAUCGGACGCAGAAUGCCACCCAGACAGAGGGAGGUGAGGGAGGAGAGAGUGGGGUGGCGGCGUCCAACUCGACGGCCAAACUGUGCAACUGUGUACCGCUGGGCCGGCCCGCGGACGUGCUGGCUUUAGAGCUGGUGAACGGCUCCGUUCUGACGGAGGCGCUGGCGGCCGACUCGACGGUACGCACCCGCAGCCAGCCGGCCAUCUGUCUGCUGGUCCUGUUCUACGGUCGCAGCUGUCCGUUUUCCGCGGCGGCAGCGCCUCAUCUGAACGCCCUGCCGCGCGUCUUCCCAGACCUGCGCGUGCUGGCGGUGGAUGCGCUCGAAAACGGCAGCCUGAACACGCGUUUCGGCAUCAUCGCCGUGCCCACGGUCCUCCUCUUCCACAACGGCCGGCCUGUGGCGCGGUACAACCAAUCAGAACCCACGCUGGAGCGACUGGCCGAGUUCAUAUCGUCCCACACGCUGCUGUCGGCCGGCGGGCCGCUGGAGAUCACAGACGCCGACCUGGCGGGGCCGCUACCGACUGUGGCCGAACACAGACUCGACUGGUACCUGGUGGCCGCCUGGCUGUUUAUUAUUGUGUGCGUGGCGUGCGCGGCCACGCGGCUGAGACUGUGGAGGAGAGCCGCGGACACGGUGAGAGCGUGGUGGUUGGAGGCGGAGCAGCACCUGCAUGAGGAGUGAUUGAUUGGAGAGAGGGAGAGAGGAAGGGUGGGAGAGAGAGAGGGAGGGGAGAGGGAGAGAGUGACAGCACGGCCGCCCACGGUGGAGGGUUGUCGUUCGUGCGUCAGUGUCAUAUUGUCUGUGAUUUACUCGGAGUGGGGUUGAGAUAUCGAGUUUACCGUGAGCCCCUGUUGAUCAGUGUCCAAUUGAAUGACGUGUACAAAUAUAAGAAGUCGUAAAUCUA